AGAAGUAGUUCCAUUUGACGAAGAAAGAUGGAUAUUUACGAUACUUACGUUUUAAAUAUAAAUAAAAAACUUUUAUCUUUUGUCGGGAUUUGGCCUUAUGAAGAAAAGAAAAAAAAUAAAUUUACUCGUGUAUUUUAUUUAAUAACGAUGUUCUGCAUUAUAGUACCUCAAAUGAUAGGUUUUUACCAACAUUUUGGUGUUGAUAUUGACGAAUUACUAGAAAAUACAGGGACAAUUUUUUUCACCUUAUCUAUAUAUACGAAAUUAUUUACGUCAAUAAUUUUUGAAAACAAGCUGAAAAUACUGUAUGAUAGUGUAGCUAAGAAUUGGAAAAAUAUCACUGAGAAACAUGAACGGGAAAUACUCGUUAAAUAUUCUGAAAGAGGGAGAAUGCUUACUCUCGGAUACAUAACUUAUAACUUCGCAGCUGUCAUAGUGUAUACAACAAUGCCAUUAAUGCCGUUUUUACUUGAUAUAAUAUUACCGUUAAAUGAAUCACGACCUUCAAUGUUCAUAUUGAAUGGUCAAUUUUAUGUUGACAAACAUGAACAUUACAAAAAAUUGUAUGCUUUUGAUUGUCUCUGUAUUUUUGUCAUAGUUCCUGCAGCUUUAGCUGUAGACACCAUGUAUGUCGCUUGCACUGAACAUUGCUUAGGAUUAUUCGCUAUUAUAAAGUAUCGUCUAGCUAUGUCUGAUAAAUUCAUAUCUACUCGUGAUAUAUAUUUGACAGAAGAAAAAGAUUCUUCAUAUCGUUGGAUGAUCCAUACAAUCCGAAUGCAUAUUGACAUUUUGAAAUUUGCAAAUAUAUUGGAUAAAUCAUAUUCUUCAUCGUUUGUUAUUUUAAUGCUUAUUAAUACGGUAUACGUCAGUGUUUUAUGUGUAUUAGUGCUUAUAAGUCUUGAUAAGCCACUGAACCUCAUCAGAUACUAUAUGCUUUUGGUAGCUAUUUGUAUUCAUCUGUUUUAUCUCAGUUGGCCUGGUCAAAAACUCAUUGAUCACAGCGAGGGUCUUUUUAGAGACGCUUACAAUAAUCAAUGGUAUGAGGGUUCAGCUAAAUCUAAAACUUUACUUAAGAUUUUGACGUUACGGUGUGUGGAACCGUGUUUAAUCACAGCUGGAGGUUUAGUUACUAUGAAUUUCGCAACAUAUUUAACGAUCAUGAAGAAAUCAGUAUCGUUUAUAACCGUGUUUUCGUCAUUCAGAUAAAUUAAAAAUUGGUUGCUAAUGAUCUCCAUUUAAUGGCACUAUAAUGCAAUAUGAAUUUUCUAUGAUCUACACGAAAAUUCAUUUUCCGAACUGGUGCUUACAGAAAUAUAUUCAUAUUUGAUAUUUGAUUUUUGAACUUCCAACUGAAGCAACUAAUUUAAUGCAUACAAAUUAUUUAUUUUGUAAUAGUAUAAUCAGAGCAAUAUAUAUUUAUCAGUAAUGA